CUCAAAGGUCUCCUGCCUUUAAAAAAAAUACUGUAAAAACCUUGUGCGGUCGACCCUCUCUAUCUGAUAGGGUUUAGGGUUUGAAAGCUGAGCCAUGGCAAUCAAAGGCAAAUCCGGCAGCGGCGAUCGCUCCAUGAUUUCUCGCAUCUCGGAGUCCUCCGUAAUCCGGAAAGGCAAGAGCGCUGCUUAUGACGCGGCCUAUGUAGGCAAGCGUUUGGCGAAGAGCACCGGCAAGGCGGCAUGGAUCGCCGCCACCACUUUCAUCAUCAUCGCCGUCCCACUCAUCAUCGUAAUGGACCGUGAACAGAUGCUCAACGAACUCGAUCUCCAGCAGGCAAGCGUCUUCGGCACUCCUCCGCCUUCCUCCGCCGGCCCGCCUCAAAAGUAAUCGAAUCUUUCAAUUUUAGGUUUCUGCCCUUCCGAAAUUUAGAUGAUUUUUUUUCUUCCUGGGCGGUUUAAUUUUUGUGUAAUCGUGUUUGUGUUUAAUCUAUCUUACUCUUGGAAAUCGAUUUACUUAUAUAUCGAUUGUUUGAACUUUUUUUGUGAUGUUGCUUUGAUUCAUUCAUGUGGCCUCCUGCUUUUCAAUUUCCUCCGUUUGGUACACGAAAUUCAAACUAUGGAAUUGGAAUUGGAUACAACAAUUCUAAUUCUGCAGUUUGGUAGCACAAAAAUAUAUUGAUUUGGAAUUGGUUGUGCCAA